AUGUUUUUACAAGGAGUUAUCCGAAAAAUUGUUUCAUUCAUAUCACUUUUAUCGCCUAUCGAAUGGUUUACCUGGUUCACUUAUGUCGCGAUCCUUCCAAUGUGUUCUUUAUUCGGCUGGCUGGCAGUACCAUUCGUCUUUGUUGCUGCUAAUAUAUUUGGUGCUAUUUGGUUGUUGUUGAGAGGAAACGAAAAAGGAAAUAAACAAAUACCCAUGAGUGAUAAUAACAUAAACGAAAUGUUCUCAUCUACCAGAGAGGCUCUUGAGACUAUUUUCUCGCAAGCUUCCAACAAAGACAUUGAGAAGUACGAGGAACAACUUAGUAAAGUUGACGACUUUGAUCCCGUUCUUAUUAUCGUAGCAAAUCAAAAUUGGAUUAAUCAAAACACGUAUGCGAAUUAUCAAGCGGUGAUGUACUCAUUUGCGACAAAUAAUCUCCAAAAUAAUAGACGCAGAGAUGAAGGUUCGCUCAGUAUUUUCCACUUCCCAAAUUUGACUGAAUUAUACGCCGUGCGCAGAAACAUUCGCACGCAAUACCCCAAUGCAUUCUUCGACCGCAACGCUCAACCUCAACAGGAGUCAAUCGGUACCGCUUGGAUUCUUACUAAUGUGGCAGUGCGCAAGAGCGAUUAUGCGGAGGAUGAUUCGUUUUUUGUUAUUUAA